UUCGCCCAAGAGACGGUUGGCGGAAGCGCUUCUGGUCUGAGGGGAGGAAGGAGGCGGCGCGCCGGAGAACAUCGCCCCGGUGAGGGGAGCCGAGGUGGCCGGUUGGAGAACGAUGAGGAUUCAUAUGGACUGAAGAUUAGUUGACUACUAUGAUGGAAAGAUCAUGGAUGUUUUGGACUUCCGUUGAAAAGUGGCUGCUUGCCUUAGCAUCGUGGUCCUGGGGUCUCUGCCGUAUUUCUCUCUUACCUCUGAUUGUAACUUUUCACCUCUACGGAGGCAUGAUAUUACCUCUGCUAAUAUUUUUGUCCAUAGCAGGUAUACUGUAUAAGUUCCAGGAUGCGCUGCUUUACUUCCCCGAGCAACCCUCUUCGUCGCGGCUUUAUGUCCCCAUGCCUACUGGUAUCCCGCAUGAAAACAUCUUCAUCAGAACCAAAGACGGCCUGCUGCUCAAUCUGAUUCUUCUUCGAUUCACGGGGGACAAUUCCGCCUUUUCGCCCACUGUCAUCUACUUUCACGGGAAUGCGGGAAACGUCGGCCACAGGCUGCCAAAUGCUUUGCUGAUGCUGGUGAAUCUGAAGAUAAACCUGCUGCUGGUUGACUAUCGAGGCUACGGGAGAAGUGAAGGGGAGGCCAGCGAAGAAGGCAUCUAUUUAGAUUCCGAGGCUGUGCUAGACUACGUGAUGACUCGAUCUGACCUUGAUAAGACGAAGAUUUUCCUCUUUGGCCGUUCCUUGGGGGGAGCUGUUGCCAUCCACUUGGCAUCUGAGAACUCUCAUAGGAUUUCUGCCAUCAUGGUGGAGAACACGUUCCUCAGCAUCCCGCACAUGGCCGGCACGCUCUUUUCUUUCUUCCCAAUGAGAUACCUUCCUCUGUGGUGCUAUAAAAACAAGUUCCUGUCCUACAGAAAAAUCUCCCAGUGCAGAACGCCUUCCCUUUUCAUCUCUGGGCUCUCUGACCAGCUGAUCCCCCCAGUUAUGAUGAAGCAACUCUAUGAACUUUCCCCUGCCCGGACUAAAAGAUUGGCCAUAUUUCCAGAUGGCACUCACAAUGACACUUGGCAGUGCCAAGGCUAUUUCACGGCACUUGAACAGUUUAUUAAAGAGGUGAUGAAGAGUCACUCUCCUGAAGAAAUGACAAAAAUGUCAUCUAAUGUAACGAUAAUAUAACUAUGAUUCCAGUUUGUCUUUCUGAGAAAACUGCACUGUCCCUGGGUUUGUGGAAGGUGGUGAAAGGGUGUCCUUUUUAAAAUGUGUAUUAUGUCUAUACCUAUCUAAAGAUGAAAUUAAACACGGAGACGUCUAUAAUAAACGUACGCCCCAGGUAGUUUUUA